CUUCUUGAAGAUGGAAAGCUUCAUAUUCUGGAACAAGAACUUGAGCGAUGCAAACUCACUAUCACGGGAAUCAGUGAGACACAUUGGAAAGGUAGCGGCCACUUUGACUCAGAGAAACAUACCAUCUAUUUCUCCGGCAACGAUAAAAGUAGCUUUUCGGGUGUGGCUAUUGCGAUCCCUAAAUUAUGUAAAAACUCGGUGCUUGGAUAUCACCCAAUUAAUGAUAGAAUUAUUUCCAUUAAACUUAGCGCAUCACCGACCCCACUCAACAUAAUUCAAGUCUAUGCUCCUACAAGUUCUGCCAAAGAUGAAGAAGUAGAAGACUUCUAUUGUCAACUUGAGUCUUCAAUAGCUAAGAUCCCCAAAAGAGAGCUAUUAAUCAUCAUUGGGGACUUUAACGCCAAUGUGGGAAACACCACAAUGAAUACGGGCAUACGACAUAUUGUUGGGAACUAUGGCCAUGGUGUUCGUAACCCAAGGGGUGAACGACUCAUAGAGUUUGCAGCCGAUAACAACAUGGCCAUAGCAAACACGAUGUUCAAACACCAUCCUAGACGCCUAUAUACCUGGACCUCCCCUGAUGGCAACCACCGCAAUCAGAUAGAUAACAUAUUAGUGAGAACCAGAUGGAAAAGUUCAAUUGCCAAUACACAUACCCUUCCCGGUGCUGAUUGUCAUUCCGACCAUCAACUGCUCAUUGGGAACCUGCGAUUGAAAUUGCAAAGAGCAAGACAAAUUAAAAUGGCUAGAAGAAUGGAGGUGAACGAUCGAAAGUCACUAACCACCUCGAUACAGAACAGACAUGCCGCAUGGAGAGCAGGUAUCGGAAACAAUGACUCUAACUACUUGUGGAUCUCGGCAAAAACAUAUAUUGUGGAGGCGAUUGCUGAGUCACAACCGAAAACAGUCUUACCAAAACGACAACAUUGGAUGACGGAAGAAACCUGGCAUUUGGUUGAAGAGCGCCGAAAACUUAAAGCCAGUGGUGCUAGCAUUACGAAGCUAAAUGCCAAGUCAGCUAUCAUACAAACUGCUUGCCGACGUGACCGCAAUAACCAUCUGAGUAAGAUAUGUCAUGAACUGGAACAGCACUCCGACAAAUAUCAAACCAAAGAUCUGCAUGAUAAGGUGCGAUACAUAACACGCCAAUUUAAACCUAAGACGUGGGCUGUUGAGACUCCGCUGGGAAUACGGUUACGGAGAUAAAGGAUAUCGUGAAUGUGUGGAAGGAAUAUUGUCAAUCAUUAUUUUCCAAUAAUUUGGUACUAAGCUUCACAUGUUCUCCCCACAACAUGCUUGACCGUGAACCCGACAUCAUGCGGGAUGAAGUACGAGCAGCAAUUACAGACCUCAAAUGCAAUAAAGCCAUAGGUUGUGAUGAGAUCCCAAUAGAAGUCCUCAAAGCGAUGGGAGAACCUGGAGUUGAUAUUUUAUAUACCAUCUGCUGUAAAAUAUAGAAGACUGGAAUAUGGCCUGACGAUUGGUCAAAAUCCAUUUUCAUUCCACUGCACAAAAAAGGGUCCACCAAGAAAUGCAUCAACUACCGACUCAUAUCCUUGAUAUCUCAUGCAAGUAAGGUGAUGCUCCACAUAAUUAAUACAAGGCUGUUGGCCUACCUCUCAAGGCAGAUUGCACCCGAGCAAGCCGGAUUUGUUAAGGGAAGAGGCACUCGGGAACAAAUUCUUAUACUGCGUCAGAUUAUUGAGAAGGCCAGAGAAUUCAAUACAACCGUUUACAUCUGCUUUGUGGACUUUCGCAAAGCAUUUGACACGGUCAUAUGGACACACCUUUGGAAGAUACUUGCGGAAAUGGGUGUACCAUCCCAUUUAAUAGUUCUAUUGAGGAGGUUGUAUGAGCACGGUACUGCAGCGGUACGAGUGGAUGAUACCCUUUCAAGCGAAUUCAAGACUGAGGCCGGUGUACGACAAGGAUGCAUCUUAUCGCCAUUACUCUUUAACAUCUACACAGAGUAUAUUAUGCGCAUUGUCUUGGAAGAUUGGAACAAAGGAAUAUCUGUUGGGGGACGCGUGAUAAAUAACCUCAGAUACGCUGAUGAUACUACCCUUCUCGCACAGACUAGAGAAGAUAUGGAAAAUUUUCUAAACCGUCUAGAAAGUACCAGUCUCCAAUUCGGACUUAUUAUUAACCGAGACAAGACGAAGGUGAUGAUAGUAGACCGGGCCGAACAAAUUGGAACCAACGUACCCUAUGUAGCCAACUGUGAAGUGGUUCAGACCUAUAUUUAUCUUGGUUCUACUAUAUCAAGUACUGGAGGAUGUGGCGACGAGAUCAGACGACGGUGCGCCAUCACCAGGUCUGCAGUGGAACAACUGGGAAAGAUUUGGAGGGACAGGAGGAUUACCAAGAAGACUAAAGUCAGAUUGAUGAAAUGCCUUGUGUUUCCAAUCUUUCUCUAUGGAGCCGAAACUUGGUCUCUGAGACUGCAGGACCGCUGUAAAAUCGAUGCAUUAGAGAUGUGGUGCUGGAGACGCCUCCUAAAGAUCCCGUGGACGGCAUUUCGCACCAAUGUAUCCAUCCUCAAAGAGCUUCGUAUUAAAGACAGACUAUCGUAAAUUGUGCAACUAAGAAUACUGAAGUUCUUUGGUCACGUCUCUAGAAAUGAGAACUCGAUGGAGAGACUGGUAGUUCAGGGCCAGGUGGAAGGCAAGAGAGCACGCGGUCGAUCGCCAACCCGCUGGAUAGACGCCAUCACAAAGGCUACUGAGUCCACCAUAGUCCAGUGUACUCGCAACGCCUCUAACCGUCAGAAAUGGAAGCACAUCGCCAGGAGAUCUACCCUCAGAAAGGAUGUUGACCCACCGAACACUCCACCAUGUACCUCGUCAGCGCAACCACGACCACUCUGACAAGAGUGUCCGACUAAGAAGAAGAUAGGGUUGAAUGCGUGCGAGAGGAAGUCCUUUUUAUUCCUCCGGAAGGAAUUACCAGUGAGGUUAGCGAACAUAAUGAAGGAGAUAGCGCUGCUGCCCGAGAACUUGCUGCGGAUGCCGUCAGUGGGGCUGGUCAACCAAUGGUACGAGCGCUCCUUCGAGGAGAUCAUCGAGUUUGAGAAGCGGGAACCCGAGCAGUCGGUGUUGAGUCAAUUCUGCGAACGCCUCGCCCACAUACGGAAUCGUCACGCGGACGUGGUGCAAACAAUGGCCCAGGGUGUCCUGGAGUUGAAGGAGUCCCAUGAGGUGGACCCUGGCGUGGAGAACUCCAUACAGUACUUUCUGGACAGAUUCUACAUGAGCCGGAUCUCCAUACGAAUGCUGAUCAAUCAGCAUACCCUUCUCUUCGGAGAUCAGCUCGGCGCAAAGCAGGCCUCGGUGAACGGUAUGGGCAGCGGCGGACGACACAUUGGCUCCAUCGACCCAGCGUGUGACGUCACUGCGGUGGUGAGAGACGCCUACGAGAACGCCAGAUUUCUCUGCGAUCGGUAUUACCUGGCAUCGCCUGAGCUGGAACUACUGCAGAAUGGAGUUCCGAGCGAGGGGCCAAUGCCGAUCGUGUAUGUACCGUCCCACCUCUACCACAUGCUGUUCGAACUGUUCAAGAACGCGAUGCGAGCUGUCAUGGAGACGUACGAAAACUCGCCGCCUCCUGUCACUGUCAACAUUGUGCGCGGGAGGGAGGAUGUUUCUCUGAAGUUGUCGGACCGCGGUGGUGGUAUACCGAGAAGCGUAUCAGAUCUGCUGUUCAAGUAUAUGUAUAGCACAGCGCCACAGCCAUCCAAAUCUGAUUCACACACAGUGCCGCUGGCCGGCUAUGGUUACGGUCUGCCCAUCUCCAGGUUAUACGCGCGGUAUUUCCACGGAGACCUGGUUCUGAUGUCCUGUGAAGGCUAUGGUACCGAUGCCAUCAUUUAUUUAAAGGCUCUGUCAAACGAAGCGAACGAGUUAUUACCAAUAUUCAACCGGACGUCGACAAAGUUCUACAAGCCCGCACAAGUACUUGGCGACUGGUCGGCGCCGUUGCCGCCAUCUCACGCGCACAGACAAGACAAGCCGUUCCUCUCGCACAAAACUAAUGGUAACUAAGUGUAAUUCUCACGGAAUUUCGGAAUUGCAGUAACAACAUUAUAAUAUACUCACAAAACAACCGAAAAGUAUUCCGCGCACCACACUGAUACAUUGAUAUAAGGAAAAAAUGAGUGAUUUUCUUAUCAUGUAAUUUUAUACAAUAACAAAAUGAAGACAGUUAGAGUACUGUCAAAAUGUGUCCCAAUUAGGACACUUUCGAGUCACUGUCAUUGGGCCCUUCUUUUAAAUAGUAUUAAUGGGAGCACGGGCCGCAGAAGUACUAACACAUCACUUGACACUCAAAGUCUCUCGUCUUAUAUUCACAAAUAAUUGUUUCGGUAUCAAAUGUUUCAGUAACAAAAUUACAUUAUCCUAAAUGAUGGUCAUUACAGCGUACACAAAUGAAUGUGUAAGGCUGGUGAAGUGAUUCGUUCGUAAGGGAGGUUAUACACGCUCCGAUUUUCAAAUUAUAUUGUUUAUCGGCUAUAUCGGUUGUAUUUUAAGUGUACGGUAUCGAUAUUAAUCUAAAUAAGGGUGUAACGUUGGUUUACAUUAUUAGUCUUUAAGGUUAUAUGUAUAUUAAUUAUUUUAAUAUAGUACUUCAUAUGUAUCACUUACUUAUUAACCCGUCUAUACACGCGCCAAUUGAUCUAGUGUGGUUGAUACUUAAUUAAGAAUCUAUUAAAAAUCAACGCUUAGGGGGUUAUUAAUAAAUAUGAGGGUAAUUAUUUCAAGAUUUAUUAUGAAUAUUGUUCAUAUAAAAUACUGGAACCGCUCAAAAUAGGAUUGGUUUAUUUUAAAUCCGUACAAAGCGAGACUAAGUUUACAAAUACAUACAUACUUAUCAAGACAGACAUUUUGUUCUUAUAAAUAUAAUAUAAUAUAAUCAAUUAUUAAAAUAAUGUCACUACAAUAUAAAGUUGAAACUGGUUCCUCUAAAAAUGAGUGAUUUCGACUUUAUACGGUAAUAUUUCUAUGUUAUGCACACUUAACAACGCCAAUUGUGAUUGCGGUGUGCCGGUCCCUAGUUUAGUUAUAGUACAACCAUUAGAUUCUAUAAUUUAAGUUAAAUUUUUUUAACUAAUAAGAUAAGCGAAAGGAAAGUGUUGAUUUCAAUACUGGGAAAAGAACUUAUGUUGGAAUGAGUGUGGUUUGACUUUUUAGUAUGAAUGAACAAGCUUAAAUUAAAAUGGAUGAAUUAAAAUUGUGACAGAUUUUUUAAAAGUGUGAUUAUUGUUAAUAUCAGGAUAUAGCCCUAAAUCUCUGUUAUCGAACGUAGCCUUCGAUGGCUAUAGUCGUACGAAAAAUUAAAAUCCCUAAUGUCGGGUACGUUAAGAGCAGCUUUAUUAGUUAGAUAUAAAUUGAUGUGUGAGUUCGGCUUAACAAUAGAUUUUAAAUUAAACUAGAUUUAUCAAUAUUGUGAAGUAGUCAUCUUGUAAUCGUGUAACAUGUAGAAUACGAUAUUAUUUAAAUUUAAAUAUAUAGAUUUAAUAACAAUGUUCUUUUGGACCAUCCAUAAAAUACGUCACUCGAAUUUCGUGACCCCUCCCCGUCCCCCCGUCUCAUUUGUGUGACGGGGGGUACCAAUUUGUAAUGUCACAUUUUUCACAAUUUUACAUUUACGAAUUUAUGAAAUUAAAUCAACAAUGUUCUGAAAUUAUUUUUAUUUCCAUUUAAAUUAUUUUUCAAUAAAACCAAACAAAGGCAUGAUAAUCAACAAAUAAAAAAAAUAUAUUUUAAUUGCAAAUAUCUGGUACGUAGUAUAAAUUUCGUGUUGUAAUACUUAAAAACAUUAUAUUUGAAAAAAAAAUGUGAUGUCACAAAAUUUGGGACCCCUCCCCGCCCCUUGUAACACUGCGUCGACCCCCCUCCCUCACACUUAACUUGUGAUGUAACUUAUGGAUGGCCCCUUUAAGAUUAUGAAAGAAAAAUAUUAUCACCGCAAAUUGUUUUGUUAAAUUUUUUUUGCAUUUUUUUGUUAAAAAUUAAUAAUUAAAUUGAGAUACUGUCAUUGACGAUAUAAUUGUCUAUGUUGCUAUUUUCUAGUUCUGUGAAAAAUUUUAGACUAAUAAAGUUGUCAGGCCAAAUUAUGUCUAGUGCUGUCUCGUUUUAGCGUAUGACGUGUGAGUGAGAUGGAUAGUUAGUUUGUACUCGCAGGAUUUCUCAUAUAGAUACUUACACUUAGUGUACUUUUUCCCCAUACCACUAGUUAUUGUGAGGGGUGUGAUUGAUUUUAGGGGAUUCAUUGCAAGGUUGUAAUUCAAUUUUAUUUUGAACUUUUUGUAGACUGUACUUUUGAAAUAAUAUUUAAAGUAUUGGCAUCUUCUUAGCAGAAUUCAUUAAAAAUUAUUAAAUUUUGUAGAAUAUCUAUAUCAAACGAAGAAUAUAUCUAAAAAGCUCAGUGUCACAAAAUAUGGGUGAAGAUCAGUUUCACUAUUAAAUAUAUAAUAUAAUGCCAAUGUAUUAUAUACAUUUAAUAGUGAAACUUUGAAGUCAAAGAUUUGUAACAAAAUUAAAAUAUUGUUUGACCUUAAAUGGAUGGUGUUAUAAACCGCUAUAAAAAAGAUACUCCGCCUUACUAUAGUCAUACAGCUUAUGAUUGUAAAUUAUUUUUUAAUUUAUCAGUCCUAAUUGAAUGAAUAGGCCUAUGUGUUGAUCUGAUGAAAUCCAUAGACAAUUUUCGUCGUAUGUAUGUCUCAGGUCUUAAUAGAUAACGGAAACUGGUACUUACAAAAAGUAUCGUGAGUAUAGACUAUCUACCAAUUUUAUUUUUAAAUGCAUUGUCCUCUCUUCGGGUAUGUGUAUAUAAAAAUUUUUUCCUGCGAGAAAUGUGAUAUUCGAUUUUAGAUUGAUUUUGUUUCGUAGUUGAGGCUGGUUGGCUUGAUUUUUUAUCUGGCAACAUUACGAAUCUUACGAAUUACAUACCAUCGACAAAAUUGAUUCAUGAUCAUUAUCAAAAUAUGAACUGUUAGGUGUAUAUUUGCACGAAAAAUAUUGUAUGACAAUUGGCGGCCUGUAAUAAAAUGAUAACAGUUAUUUAGGAAAUGUAUGUUCAAGCGAAUUUCAACCUACUUGUUUAUUAUGACUGUAGGAAAGUGACAUCAAGAUUGGUCACGAUUCAAUCUUGUCGAUAGUACUAUUAAAAAGUUCCGUUAGAAACGGCGCUCUCAAAAUAAGUCACAAUAAACAAUAAAAUUAAAUAAAUAUAUAAAUUAAUUAAAAACAUUAAAUAAAAUAUUUUUAGACGUAUUAAUUCAAGUGCAACUAUGACUAAACAUCAUUUAUUCCUGAAAUUUAUAUUAUUUAUUUAAUUUCCUAACAGUGUCCUCUUAUUUUUAUUUGUGUUGAAUUAUAUAUUGUGAUAAUUAAAUUAAUAUGUUUAUAAUUCAGUCUUAAUUUCAUGUGAUUUGUUACUUAUAAAGUAUCUACUAAUUAAUUAUAUAUAAUAUAAAUGUUUGGUAUAAUCCCCGCAAGUUUAUACAGGGACAGGCAGCCAUUUUAGCGACACAGACGUUAAUAUGACAAUGUUGCGUCCCUGUGUCGAUUUGCGCGGGUUAUACUCGCGUUAUUCGUGUUGCCAGAUAUGUAAAGAAACGCAUAGAUGCAGUGAUUACCAAUGGAGUAAAAUUAAAAUUAGUGAAACUAUAUCAUAGACUAAGAUAAGGUGACGUUGGUUAUGAAAAACUAUGUUUAAAUUUAAAUUCAACAGUAGUUUUUAUUUCGCGUGUUACAUUUCAGGUUAUUAUUGCGUGCGUAGAAGCAAUUUUACUUUUAUUGUUUAACAUUUAAGAGCCAUUUUUCAAUGCACCUUAUUAUUAUUUUUACAGUCCCGAUAAGUUUUUUUUUAUUUAUAUUAUAUGGGCAAACUUAAUGUAAAACGUUGCUAAAUGGGUCUUAUAUGUAGUACAUUUUGCGCGUAAUAUUUAAAGUACAAUAGAAUAGUUACUAGUAAUUCUGUUUAAUUAAAUAUUUUCAGAGUCACAGUUUACAAUCAAAUACCUAAGUAUAUGAAUACUAUUACAAAAACCACUGAUUUGAAUUCAUUUGGCAGACGCCAUUUUGGUGGUGAUUCCAGUUGUUAUUCAUGUGGGUACACCACUUAUUUACUUACUCCUCCGGCGCAACGACCCAAAGUGAGAUUUGGAGGAUGCCGGCUAGAUUACGGGUACCACAACGGCGCCUAUUUCUGCCGUGAAGCAAUAGCAUUACUGUGUUUCGGUCUGAAGGGCGCCGUAGCCUGUGAAAUUACUGGGCAAAUGAGACUAAAUAUCUAUAUCUCAAGGUGACGAACGCAGUUGUAGUGCCGCUCAGAAUUUUGGGGUUUUUCAAGAAUCCAGAGGGGCACUGCAUUGUAAUGGGUAGGGCGUAUUACCAUAGUAUUGGUAAUAGUCCCACGCUUAUUUCAGUCCUGUACGAUAUCACUUCAUGAUUUUCAUCUCGCACAGGUCAGUGGUCAUUCGGUAUUUCUACCUGAACUUAGGGCGACUUAACUGCACGCUAACGUGCUGAUAAAGAUGAUUUUAAGCUAAGCUAAUGCAGCCAAGCUAAGCUGAGCCCCGUUUUUUAUUGUCUUCUUUGUGCCUUCUUUUAUAUUCUUUCCCUUAUAAUUAAUGGACAGUUUUUCAAUAGAUUUCGAUCAAUAUUACUUACAUUGUAUUUUGCUACUUAAAACGGUAUGUGUCUCUAAACUGCGACGUAUAGACCUUAGAUCAUUUAUAUGUCUAGAUAGACUGUGACAGCUAUGAAAACGUCGAAAAAAAUUGAGGUUGACUGUUAACCUCUAUUUUGAGCAAUGCACGCACUAACACAAAGUGACAUACAAAUCGCGAGUGUAAGAUUUAGCUUGUUACUACGGUAAUAAAACUGGCCUGUUUCAUCGUUUGUCUAGCAGCAAGAGGCUCUAUAUAGACGUAUAAAUUAUCUAAGUUACUGACACACAAAUAAUAUAAGUAAUUAAUUUAGUUUGUACUCAACAAAGGAUUAGUUUUACAACUAUUUAAUCAUUUUUACUACUUUUACUACUUGAUCAUUCGUUUUAAGCUUUAAGAAUUUUUUUGUUUUUUUUUUUACCAGAUGGUAUAAAAAUGUAUUAUGUUAAUAUAUUGCAUUUGCACUACAUGUAAGUGUUAUUCCAAAUUGAUAUUUAUAUAAUCUUUAGGUUGUAGCUUAUUAUUUAUAGAUGAUUUUUUGAAUAAAUAUUUUCAAUGUGAA